AUGAUCUGCUCUUCCUGCCGCUCCGCACUGCGUCUGCGCCUCCUCGCGUCCGUCUCGCGCCCUUCCCGCACGACAAUUGCGCCUGUCGCAAACACCUUCAAGGCCACUGCCAGAGCCUCUCCCCAGCGCAUUCGCUUCCUCUCCUCAACGACAUCUCGCCCAUUCUAUGCUACGUCUCCUAAGAAAUACUCUUCGCCUUCUUCAAAUGAGCAGCUAGAAGAACAAGAGGCGGACAUGUCACCGGCCGAAGCGUCGAUUGCGGCUAUCUUAGCUGCUAAGCUUAACCCCACGUCGCUUCUUGUUCAGGAUAUAUCUGGUGGUUGUGGCAGCAUGUAUGCGAUUGAUAUUACUUCGCCUGCGUUCAAGGGGCUCAAUAUGCUCAAGCAGCAGCGAAUGGUCAAUGCUGCUUUGGGGGAUCUUGUCAAGGAAUGGCAUGGAGUGCAGAUACGGACGAGGGUGCCGCCUGAGGAUGAAUGA